CGGGGGGGCGGGCCUCCACAGAUGACAGCCAAUGGCGUGCCACGUUUGUAAUACGUUACUUAGCCUUAGUCGCAUCCGGGUGAGCACUUUGUGGUCCGCUCAGGUUGUUGCUUUGAAGCUUGGGCCUUGGUCUUCAGGAUGUGCGGAUCGUUUCGGGUGCUGCUGCAGGUGCUGUGGGCCCAGCUGCUCUGUGGGUGGGUGCUAGGCUCCGAGCUAACUUUUGAGCUGCCAGACAACGCCAAGCAGUGUUUCUACGAGGACAUCAUCAUCGGCACCAAGUGUACACUGGAGUUUCAGGUGGUGACAGGUGGCCAUUAUGACGUGGACUGUCGUUUGGAAGACCCAGAUGGCACUACACUCUACAAGGAGAUGAAGAAGCAAUAUGACAGCUUUACCUUCACUGCGUCCAAGAAUGGCACCUACAAGUUCUGCUUCAGUAAUGAGUUCUCCACCUUCACACACAAGACCGUUUAUUUUGACUUCCAGGUCGGCGAUGACCCUCCACUCUUCCCUAACGAGAACAGAGUAACCGCUCUCACCCAGAUGGAAUCAGCCUGCGUGUCCAUCCACGAAGCCCUGAAGUCGGUUAUCGACUACCAGACACACUUCCGCCUCCGUGAGGCCCAGGGACGCAGUCGGGCAGAGGACCUGAACACCCGUGUUGCAUUCUGGUCCAUCGGAGAAGCCAUUAUCCUUUUGGUGGUCAGCAUCAGUCAGGUGGUCCUGCUGAGAAGCUUCUUCUCCGACAAGAAGACCACUACAACACGCGUCGGAUCAUAACACUCUCUGAGCCCUGGGAUCUGAUUCAUCUGUUUCUUUAUCCGUACCUGGGCUUGUGUGCGUAGAGCGAGUCAGAAUAUUAGUGCUGAUCUGAAAUUGGAUCAUAUCAAACUGCCAGGUCAUACAACCUGACAUGUCAUCCUCAUUCAGCAUUGGUAUUCUUACAAACUUUAUGCAAAUUAGGAGGAAAAAGGUUAUUUGUGUUUGAAUUGUUUUUGAGGGGGUAAAAGAGAACCGGAAGAAAUGCUUGCUUGUAACUAUUUGUAUUGGAGGCAGGUCAAGCCACUGGUCAUAUAGUUGAAGCAAACCGUAAAUACUUUAAAUAUUUGAAAUUAUUUCUAAAUGUGUUCUCAUUUUAUUUGUGUCCUUUUCGAUCCCUAUUAUCUCAGACCCCCUCUCCCUGAUCUGUUUCAUUUUUCAUCCCAAACUGUGCACUGAAAUAACCAAGGCAGUGGAAGUUGUGACUUAAUGUACUCGAGGAUUUCUUUCCUUAUCUGCAGAGCAUUGGGGCUCUAAAACCACAUUGGCAAGGCAAAGGAUUUGGUUAUGAAAAGUCUGUUGUUUUAUUUUUUUUCAUUGUUAUUAAACCUCACUGUAUUAAGUGAGAAAGACUAGAUUUUGUGUUUGCUUUUAUCAGCUUUGUCAUUUUAGAGGCGUUAUUAGAAGGGAGUAUGCAGUACAGAGAGUAAGCCAUCCUUUAAUCUUUUAAUAGCUUAAAAAAGGUUUGUAUUUGGGUUGAAGGGUUGAAUUUAGAGACGUAGACGGUCUCCUUGUGAGAUUGCGACCAAUUCCUUUAGUAAAUUAAGUCAGUUUUUUGAUUUCUAGAUUCCAUUUGCUCGAUUAUACAUUGAGCUAAAGUCAUACUUUUGACCACACCUAGGUGAGUGGUCUCCAGGUACAGGUUGGGGCUUCUUUAUUACAUCAAUGUGAUUUAGUGUGGGAGACAAAAAAAGAAAAGAAGAAAUAACUAAUACUAUUAUUAUGUUUUAAAAAUGACACAUUUUGUGUGUCAAGUGGCAAUGCCAGCAAUUUUAAGUGCACCAACUUGUUAUAAAAACUUUGUCUUUCACUGGUUGUGUUCCAAUGUCUAAUUCUGCCUUUGCUGUUUGAAGUGUAACAACUUAUUUAUCUCUCGGGCUGAUAUUGUCCUCUUGGUUUUAUACACCACUGUUGUAAAAUUGGUGUUGUUUUGCAAAAAUACUGCUUGAAUAUAAGAUAAUUCUAGUAACUUUGAGUUGUAGUUGUAAUUUGAGAUUCGAUCCCCUCACUGAUUAGUCUGUUCUCUAAAGGAGGGAGGAAGAUCUUGACAUAUUUCUCUAAUAUGACUGGUUGUGGCUCUUUCCUCAAUCAUUUUUUAUCCUCUGAUUUAAUUACUUGGCAAUACUGAAAUGAAAAA